UAUAUGGGUAUAUUUGCAAAGUUCAUGAUAUACAACGUAACGGUAGACGCCUGCAAGUUCCUAAAAUCUCCGAAAUCCAAUCCAGUCGCUUUCUUUUUCUAUGAAUUAUUUAGGGAUUUUUCCAACAUGAACCACACUUGCCCAUUUAACCAUGACCUCUUGCUGGAAAAGAUGUCUUAUGCAAGUGUUUUUAAUCGUUUCACCAGUAAACUGUCCUUUCCGGAGGGAAGCUAUAUGUUCGAACUGCACUGGAUGGCUUAUGAUAUUGAUCGAGCUUUACCUAGGUUCUACUGGUCGCUUUCAUGACAGUUAGGUU